AUGGAGAUUGAGUUUAUGGGGACGUCGAUGUCAUUGACCUGGCUGUUAGGCUGGUUCACUCUCGGAUUCGUCACCCUGUAUACAUUAUAUACCGCCCUCUGGACCCACAGUUAUUGGAAGCGGAAGGGAGUGCCGUACGAACCAGCUCUACCUCUAAUUGGAAACCCAAUAUUCACAUCGGGAACAAAAAUCCCUGAAAUUUUCGAAGAGUGGUCGAGAAAAUAUGGAAAGUUCUACGGGACGUUUUCAUUUAGUGUUCCCGUCAUUGUCGUGAGUGAUCCCGAGAUAUUACGACUUGUUCUGGUGAAGAGCUUCAACAAUUUCCACAACAGAGUUAGCUUUCCGCAGAUUCCCGAUGAACUUCAAAAUAUGGUGUCCCUGGCGGAAGGGGAGCGCUGGAAGGAAAUAAGAAACAUCUUAACCCCGACAUUCAGCGGUGCAAAGAUGAAACAGAUGUCCAGUCUUGUAAACGCUAGCGCAGACAGUCUAGUCAAACACAUUGCGAUCAAACAGAAAGACAAAGGGUACAUCGAAUGUCAAGACAUCUUUGGGGCCUUCGUCAUGGAUACUGUUGGAAGUUGUGCGUUUGGUCUUGACAUCGAUUCCCAGUCUGAUCCAAAAAAUCCUUUCGUGAGCAAUGCUAAAAAGGCCUUCCAGUUUGACAUCUGGAACCCAUUCUUCAUUAUCGGAAGCAUGAUUCCAGCUCUGGGGAGAGUCUUUACUUACUUCCGACUGGGAUUGUUCAUGGGCGCCGAUGUAGUCGAUUUCUUCAAAGAUGUCAACAAGAAAGCCAUUGCUUUGAGACAGAAUAUAACAUCAGGAUCCGACUCCAAGAGGGUUGACUUCCUACAAUUACUGCUCGAUGCGCAGAAUCAGGAAAACAUCAACAAAGUUUACAAACCUGAAGAAGAGGAGGAUGAGGACGAUAUCCAUGCUGAUUUGGACAAACAUCACGAUACCCAGUAUCACUCAAGGGGUAUUGGCAAGAAAAAACCUCUGACAGACAACGAGGUCCUAGCUCAGGUGUUGAUCUUCUUCACCGCUGGUUCCGAGACUACCACCACUCUCCUAGGUUUCAUCGCGUAUUCUUUGGCCACCAACCCUGAGGUCCAGGAGAAGCUCAUCCAGGAGAUUGACAAGAUGACGCCCUCUCGUGACGACGUCGGGUAUAAGUCUGUUGCUACCAUGUCUUACCUGGAUCAAGUGGUCUGCGAAACCCUGAGGUUGUAUCCACCUGCUGCAGUUGCGAAUCGCAUGUGCAAUGAGACAUUUGAGCACAAUGGCGCUGUCAUAGAGAAGGGAACCCAAGUCUUCAUCCCGAUCUACACCAUUCAUCACGACCCUGACUACUGGCCUCAGCCAAAGAAGUUCAUCCCAGAAAGAUUCACCAAAGAGGCCCGAGCAAAACAGCAUCCAUUUGCUUGGCAACCAUUCGGUGCUGGUCCACGUAACUGCAUCGGGAUGCGCUUCGCUCUCAUGGAAACCAAGAUGGCGGUUGUGCGCGUGCUUCAGAACUUCCGGUUUGAGACGUGCGCACAGACUGAGGUUCCUCCUAAGUUCAACAUUACCGGAUUCCUGACCCCACCCAAUGGAAUAACACUCAAAGCAGUGCCCAGAGCUGAUAAGGUUGCCUGAGGAGAAAUAAUAUUUCUAUUCCCGUAAAGUUAUUCGCGCCUCAUAGUCUUGACCGAA